UCCCUGACUCCACUCCCAGCCCCUACCCGCUCCCGAUCCGCCCUAUACCCAGCUCUUGUGCAAGCCUCUCCUAAGGCGCCCCCCCUCCCCAAACCUAAGGUCCUGCCUGCAGGGGAAGAGACUCUACUUAUGGAUCUCCUGUCUGAGCCGCCUCCAUAUCAAGAGGCACCCCACGAGGCGGCUAAUGAAGCAGAGGCCAUGCCUGCCGAACGCCCCGCUGCGACUGAUGAGGCAGCCCCCUCACCUGUGGCAAGCCGGCUCAGGGGGCGGCGGGAACAGGCCCCUGCGGACUCCACCGCCAUGCCUCUGCGUACCGGCCCGGACGGCCAGCUGCAGUACUGGCCGUUCUCCGCCUCCGAUCUCUAUAAUUGGAAAAACAAUAAUCCUCCUUUUUCUAAAGAUCCCUUGCAAUUGAUCUCCCUUUUAGAAUCAGUCCUAGUGACUCAUCAACCCACCUGGGACGAUUGCCAACAGCUUUUACAGGUGCUACUGACUACUGAGGAGAAGCAGCGGGUCCUCCUCGAGGCGCGGAAGAAUGUGAGGGGAGCGGACGGACAGCCUACCCAGCUCCCUAAUGAGAUCGAUGCAGCCUUUCCCUUAACCAGGCCGGAAUGGGAUUUUAGUACUGAGGCAGGUAGGACUCAUCUUCGUCUCUACCGCCAGUUGCUCAUAGCAGGUCUCCGGGGGGCAGCUCGGCGCCCCACCAAUUUGGCUCAGGUAAAACAGGUUUUGCAGCGAGCAGAGGAAACGCCCGCCGCGUUCCUUGAGAGAUUGAAGGAGGCAUACCGCAUGUAUACGCCUUACGAUCCGGAGGACCCAGGACAAGCCACUGGUCUUGCCAUGGCGUUUAUCUGGCAGUCCGCCCCAGAUAUCCGUAAUAAGUUACAGAGGCUGGACAAUUUACAGGGGUAUACGGUCCCUGAUUUGCUAAAGGAGGCAGAGAAGGUAUUCAAUAAUAGAGAGAGCCAGGAAGAGAGAGAAGAGCGUUGGAGGAGAGAAAACAUUGAGAGGGAGGAAAGGCAGCGAAAGGAAAUGGAAGAGAGAGAAAAUGCCAGGGAUAAAAGGAGACAGAGGGAGCUUUCACGGUUGAUGGCCACUGUAGUGUCAGGACAGAGACAGCGGCAGGAUAGACAAGGAGGAGAUCGAAGAGGACCCAGGGUAGAUAAAGAUCAGUGUGCCUACUGCAAAGAACGGGGCCACUGGGCUCGGGAGUGCCCAAAGAAGCAAAGUCGGAACAGAAAUACAAGACCCCAGGCCUCAGCUUCUCUCCUAAACCUAGAAGACUAGGGGAGUCGAGGCCAGGAGCCCCCCCCUGAGCCGCGGCUAACCCUACACGUAGGGGGGCACCCCGUCACCUUCCUGGUGGAUACAGGGGCACAGCACUCCGUUUUGACCAGGUCUCCUGGCACGUUGAGCGGCCGCACGGCCUGGGUCCAGGGAGCCACAGGAGGAAAGACCUACCGCUGGACCACCGACCGGCAAGUGCAACUAGCGACUGGCAAGGUAACCCACUCCUUCCUCCAUGUCCCAGACUGUCCAUACCCAUUGCUGGGUAGGGACUUAUUAACUAAACUAAAGGCUCAGAUACAUUUUGAUAAGACUGGGGUCAGCAUCACUGACCCGUCGGGAAGGCCGUUGCAUGUGCUCACCUUGUCCAUAGAAGAUGAGUAUAGACUACAUGAACGAAGCAAAAAGGCCCCAACCGAUAUGGAGGGAUGGCUACUCAAGUACCCCCAAGCAUGGGCAGAGACCGGGGGCAUGGGUCUCGCCGAUAGCCAGCCACCCAUAAUUGUGUCCCUGAAAGCGAACGCCAUCCCAAUCGCCGUAAAGCAGUACCCAAUGUCCAAGGAAGCCAGAGAAGGCAUAACUCCUCACAUCAAUAGACUGUUGGAUCAAGGGAUCCUCGUACCCUGUAAGUCCCCCUGGAACACCCCUCUAUUACCCGUCAGAAAACCAGGAACGGGGGACUACAGACCAGUCCAGGACCUCCGAGAGGUUAAUAAACGGGUUGAAGAUCUACACCCCACAGUGCCCAACCCCUACAACCUCCUUAGUGGGCUAUCGCCUACCCACGUCUGGUAUACGGUCCUGGACCUCAAGGAUGCCUUCUUUUGCUUGAGGCUACACCCCAACAGCCAGUUGUUAUUUGCCUUUGAAUGGAGAGACCCAGCUCGGGGAAUCUCCGGUCAGCUGACCUGGACAAGGCUACCCCAAGGGUUUAAAAACAGCCCCACUCUCUUUGACGAGGCACUACACCGGGAUCUGGCCGUUUUUCGGGUCCAGCACCCCUCUCUGAUUCUGCUCCAGUACGUAGAUGAUUUGCUGCUGGCGGCUACGUCAGAGGAAGACUGUCGCCGGGGCACCGAGACCCUACUCCAGGUCUUGGGGAGUCUGGGGUACCGGGCAUCGGCCAAGAAAGCCCAGCUCUGUUUAAAACAAGUGACCUAUCUGGGCUACAAAAUAAGGGAAGGGCAGAGGUGGCUAACUGAGGCCAGAAAGCGAACCAUUCUGAACAUUCCCGCCCCAAGAACCCCCCGUCAAUUACGGGAAUUCCUGGGAACCGCAGGCUUCUGCCGCCUCUGGAUCCCGGGUUUCGCUGAGUUGGCCGCUCCCCUCUAUCCCCUCACGCGGACCGGCAUCCCCUAUAACUGGGGAACGGAUCAGCAGCAGGCCUUUGAGAAUAUCAAACAGGCCCUCCUACACUCCCCGGCCCUGGGACUGCCCGACUUGCUGAAGCCCUUCGAGUUAUACGUUGACGAAAGACAGGGCUACGCGAAGGGGGUGUUAACCCAGAAGCUGGGACCAUGGAGGAGACCGGUGGCCUAUUUAUCCAAGAAACUGGACUCAGUGGCCGCAGGAUGGCCACCCUGCCUCCGGAUGGUAGCGGCGAUAGCAAUUCUGGUUAAAGAUUCUGGCAAACUGACCAUGGGUCAACCCCUUACCGUUCUGGCCCCGCAUGCUGUUGAAGCAAUCAUCCGACAACCUCCGGACAGGUGGCUCACCAAUGCGAGAAUGACUCAUUACCAAACCUUACUAUUAGAUACCGACCGAAUCCGGUAUGGGGCCCCGGUGGCCUUAAAUCCAGCCACCCUCCUACCUCUCCCUGGCACCCCCGAACACCAUGAUUGUCAGCAGAUCCUGGCCGAGGUACAUGGCACUCGCCCAGACCUCUCAGACUUGCCCCUCCCCAACCCUGAACACGUCUGGUACACGGACGGGAGCAGCUUCAUGGAACACGGAGAGCGGCGGGCCGGUGCGGCGGUGACCACGGAAGAUCAGGUAAUAUGGUCCCAAGCUCUACCUGCAGGAACCUCCGCUCAGAAAGCGGAGCUCGUAGCUCUGACCCAGGCUCUAAGACUGGCGGAGGGAAGGAGAUUGACGGUGUAUACCGACAGCAGAUAUGCCUUCGCCACGGCCCACAUCCAUGGCGAAAUAUACAGAAGGAGAGGUUUACUUACUUCGGAGGGAAAAGAGAUUAAAAAUAAAAAAGAAAUACUAGCCUUGCUACAGGCCAUUCAUCUGCCGCGAGCUCUCAGCAUCAUCCAUUGCCCAGGGCACCAGAAAGGGGACACUCCAGUUGCAAGAGGCAACAGGAUGGCUGACUGGGCGGCGAGGGCGGCCGCCACUGAGGAAAAACGGGUCGAAGUCCUAUCGGUUGACUCUAGACCUCAUCAUGGUGACUCCCGAUGGGAAUACACGGAACAAGAUGUCAAGGCUCUGCACUCCCUGGGAGCACGGGAAGAUCUAAAAACUGGGAAAUGGGUGUACCAAGGAAAGGUAGUGUUGCCCUACGAAAUGGGCCGCCAUUUGAUCUCCUGGCUGCAUCGCCUCACACAUCUCAGCUACCAGAAAAUGAAAAAGCUUCUGGAACGGGAAGAAGAGGUCUACUUCUUUCUACAGAAGAACGAUCUUCUCAAAGAAAUCACCGAACGUUGUGACGCCUGCGCCAGAGUGAAUGCUUCUAAAAUCAAGCUGCCUCCGGGUAUAAGAACCAGAGGUCACAGGCCCGGCACUCACUGGGAAGUAGACUUUACUGAAAUAAAACCGGGCAAGUAUGGAUAUAAAUAUCUACUGGUUUUUGUAGAUACCUUUUCAGGAUGGCCGGAAGCAUUCCCGACAAGGCACGAGACUGCCGCUGUGGUGGCCAAGAAGCUAUUGGAAGAAAUCUUCCCCCGAUACGGGAUGCCCCAGGUAGUAGGGUCAGAUAAUGGUCCCGCCUUCAUCUCCCAGCCCAUCUACAGGCCCUCCAGCUGGUCCAGAAGGAGGUGUGGGAACCUCUAGCCCAGGCGUACCGGGACCAGAGAGACAAUCCGGUCGUGCCUCAUCCGUAUCAGAUCGGAGACGCUGUCUGGGUCAGACGCCAUCAGACCAAAAACCUCGAACCUCGCUGGAAGGGACCAUAUUUGGUUCUGUUGACCACCCCUACCGCGGUAAAGGUUGACGGGAUUGCCGCUUGGAUCCACGCGAGCCACGUCAAGCCAGUCCGAUCAGACGACCCUCAGCCGCAAGGAACAUGGACAGCCCAUCGCACCCAAAACCCUCUAAAGAUAAGACUCUCCCGGGUUGUUUAAUUGUUUUACUGUGCCUUGUGCGAGUAGAGGGGAGCCCUCACACCCCGCAGCUCUUAACUUGGCAGGUGUUCUCCCAGACGGGGGAGGUGGUCUGGUCUCUCUCAGGCUACCACGCGCCGGGUACCUGGUGGCCCACCCUCACUCCCGACUUCUGCCACCUGGCCGCCGGGCUGGAGACCUGGGAUAUCUCCACAGUCGGGGCUCAUGAGAUGACUCAAAAUAUACAGUCCCCCCGCCACCCCUAGGAAAGACCUGGCCACAAGGGUGCCGCAAUCCUAGAGCUAGAUGUCUCCUGGCACAAAUGGACUUCUACGUCUGUCCUCAACAAAGACAGUCUCGAGCCUUAAGAUGUGGGGGAUACGAGAGUUAUUUCUGUGCCAAUUGGGGCUGUGAGACCACGGGGGAUGCCUACUGGAAACCCAGAUCAUCCUGGGACCUGAUUGAGAUACACCGUAAUUAUUCACGGCCCCCUCUGGGCCGCUUUGAUUGUGAUCAUGGCCCUGGUAGAUGGGGCUCUUGGUCCUGUAAAUCAGCUACCUGUCUCCCCCUCAACAUUACCUUCACCCAAAAAGGCAAACAGGACUAUACUCAGUGGUUAAAAGGAAAAACCUGGGGACUGAGAUGGCACAUGCCAUGGGAAGAUAGAGGCGUUAUCCUCAGAAUCCGUUUAACCUCCCAAACUAAUUCGGCCCCUAUCGGGCCAAACCCCGUGCUGGCGGACCAACGACAUCCCUCCGACCCAUCCGGCCCUAAGCCCGAACGCCUUCCCUCACCGAACGCCACCAAUUCGCCCCCCACCAGCACCACUGAGGCUGCCCAACCCGGCACGGGGGACCGGCUUAUAGGCCUUAUCCAAGGGGCCUACCUAGCCCUAAAUGGGACUCAACCUGACAAGACUCAGGAUUGCUGGCUCUGCUUAAUGUCAAGCCCUCCCUACUAUGAGGGCACUGCAGUGGUCGGGAACUACUCCAACCACACUUCCCCACCGCCUACGUGUACCGAGGGAUCCUCACACCGAUUGACCCUAACUGAAGUCUCAGGACAGGGUACAUGUCUAGGGAAAAUUCCUCCCUCUCAUACCCUCCUCUGCAACUCUACCCAGACCUUGGGCCCAGGAGCAUACUAUUUGGCCGCCCCUAAUGGCACUUACUGGGCGUGCAGCACAGGUCUGACUCCCUGUGUAUCUACCGCCGUUAUGAACAUGUCCCGGGACUACUGUGUCCUAGUCCAGCUAUGGCCGAGAAUUACUUAUCAUACCUCAGAAUAUUUUGUCAGCCAGUUCGAAGAAAGAUCCCAACUUCGAAUUAGAAGGGAGCCAGUCACAUUAACGCUGGCCCUCAUAUUGGGGGUUGGGGGAAUAGCGGCCGGGAUAGGCACUGGUGCUAAGGCUCUCUCAGAAACCACCCAGUACCACCAACUGCAGACAGCCAUGCAGUCGGACAUUAGAAUCCUUGAGGAAUCAGUAACGGCCCUUGAGAAGUCACUCAAGUCUCUGUCUGAGGUAGUCUUGCAGAAUAGGAGAGGUCUGGACUUAUUGUUCCUUAAGGAAGGGGGAUUAUGCGUAGCUCUAAAGGAAGAAUGUUGCUUCUACACCGACCACACUGGAAUCGUAAGAGACAACAUGGCCAAGCUGAGGCAGAGAUUAGAUCGGAGGCAGAAAUUCUUAGAUGCCCAACAGGGUUGGUUUGAGGGCUGGUUCAAUAGGUCACCCUGGUCUACUACCCUAAUUUCUGCCAUAACAGGGCCCAUAAUGGUCCUCAUUCUCAUUCUGAUAUUGGGGCCCUGCCUUCUUAACCGUUUAACCCAGUUCGUGAAAGAUAGGUUCUCUGUCAUACAUGCAAUGGUUUUAACACAACAGUAUCAACAACUUAAACAGAUGGAUCCAGAGUUAACUAAAGCACUUGAAUGAAGGAUUCCAUUCAGUCACAAGAGAAAUGGGGGAAUGAAAGACCCCCUCCCGACAUAGCCCAACAGGAGCUGUCUGAGUUCACGCUAAGGUCGAGGGCCCCUGGCCCCUACCGACAUAGCCCACCAGGAACUGUCUGAGUUCACGCUAAGGUCGAGGGCCCCUGGCGCCUCGAGGGCUUGACAAACAGGAUAUUAGUGGUCGGCCAUCCAGAACUGGGGAGUUAACACCGGGGAGUUUCCCAUCCACAAUGUGCCCGAGAUGAAAGCUAAGUCAACCUCCUGCGACUUCCUUGUAUUCAAGCCAGGUGGCCCCAGUCUAAAUCUCUCGCCCCAUUAAAUUUGACCAACGAAAAUCCUGUGACCAUGCAUCCGCUUUUGUACCCACGCUUUUCGCUAUAUAAGGCACCCCCGUUCCCCAUCUGGGCGCGCUUGGUUCCCGAGACCAAGACGCCCGGGUACCCGUAUGUGUGAUCAAUAAAACCUCUUGCUGAUUGCA